AUGCACAUUGCAGUGGAUUUGAAUGCACCUUUUGUAGUGCAUGCUGGCAGUUGCGAUCUUUUGCUUCUGCUGCACUUCCGUGUGUGUGCUGCUGGGUGUCCUGGACGUGUUUCUGGUGAUGCGGAUGCGGUGGUUGUGCCGGUGGAUGUGUCGUGUGCUCCGAGUGACGGCAGCCUGAGAUACCGCGUGCAUGUGUGUGUGUGGGCGUGGAAGAAGUGUUCCGCUGCCGGUGCUGAGGCUCAGUGUGAGAAUUAUAAUUUCAGUGACUUUGAUGUGCGCAUGCAUGGCAGGAAUGGUGAGCUGGGUGCUGUGUGCCAUUUGGCCAAUGCGGUGCACACAUGUAGCAACCGUGCUGCCAGCUGUGCAACGAAGGAGGAAGGGGCCACCGUUGCCUUCACGAUGAAUGUGACGACACAUAAAUACGCCGGUCCUUAUGAAUUGUUGUGGCGUCUAUUUUCCCCCGAUGGAACCAUCCAUCCGCCUGCACGGAGCGGCGAUGCUGACCGGACGGGCAUCUGUCAGUUGCCGCCACCCCGUGAAGGGAAGGACGACACAAAAUCUGGUGAUACAACUGUGCCGCAAUUCAGUGCUGAGCCGUCACGUCAGAACGAGGGUGCACGACGUUCUGCGGCGGCUGACGCACCCCGUACCGUCGAUCCGGCUCCCGCAUCCAACACGGCGACCAACACGUCUAGGAAAAAGCCUCGCAUUGCAAACGAUCCGAAAGAAAACAUGGCUCCAACACCGCCCAAGAGGAAGCCUAGCGUUGCCACAAGUCGGAACAUAGAAAUGGAUCCGAAUGCAUUCGUGACGAGUGCUGCGCCCGCCACCGCGUUGAGGAUGACAGUGGGCUCGAAGAAUGCCCGUAAGAGUGAAGCCGUUGACGGCAGCGGGGAGCACGUUCCUGGGAAAAUUGCGGGAGGAAUGAAUGGUCACAACGUCCCCGGAAAAACAAAACGGCAUCAAGAAAUGUGA